GUCCGGCCCAGAGGGUCGAAGAAUCCCGAGCCCGCUCGAGUCUUUUCCGAUCCCUCCCGAAGGCGGGUGAGGCGGGCGCGAGGAAACCCGAGCAGUGCCGAGUCCUUUCCGAUCGCGCCCGAAUUCCCCUUCGCCGGCCCGAACGGAGACGCCCGAACGGACAGCGCCCGAAUCCGCCCGAAAGCGACCGAACCGGGCCGAGCGCUCCGAUCGCACCCGAAGGCAGAGGGGGGCGGGGAGAGGGCGGCGAGCUCCGCCCCGGUCGCGGCGCACGGGCUGCCGGGACGGUGGAGGACUUGGCGGGGGCGGGGCGCUAAGAUGGCCGUUGUGAGGCGAGGAAGAACUUCAUCAGUUCUGUCAUCUGUUCCCUUACAGUUUCUAUUUUAUGUAAAUGGGAUUUAUUACAUCUUUUACUUCUUGGUGACUCUUGCAAUGAUUGUUUAUAAAAGUCAAGUUUUCAGUUAUCCAGAUGAUCUUUUGGCUCCAGAUCUUGUGUUACUUUUCAUUAUGGCCAUUCUCGAAGUGCUCCGAUUAUACUUGGGUUCAAAGGGUAACCUGACAGAAGAAGAGGCUCCAUUAGGGCUCAGUCUUGUGAUCACAGUUGGAAGUGUGAUCCUGUCUGUGUAUUUCCUGGUGUGGCAAACCUAUGUGCUGAAAGCAGACGUCAUUAUAAACUCUGUUCUUCUCUUUACAUACGGGCUCGAGUCCGUACUAAAGGUCAUAGCCAUUGCUGCUUUUGUCAGCUAAACCCUAGCAGCUUUCAACACGAUUUCAUCAUGCUUCUACAAAAGAGUGGGGUUACAUUUCAAAUAUUUAAUUCUUUUGCAUAUAAAAAUCCUGUAAAACUUUCCUCUGUUUAAAGUACAAAUUUCUGAGGGUCGGAGAUCUCCCUGAAUGAUAGGUAAAAUAUCCUGUCUAGCAGCUAUGCCCCACUAUCUCAUCAGUUAGCUUUUUUAUGGGCAAGGACAAGAGAUGCUUCAGCAGAAACACUUAAUGCUUCGGUAUUCAUCAGGGAUCAAUACUAAAUAUUCAUUCCCAACACAAAAUAACAGUCAGUGCAUCAUCUAGCUGCCUGCUGUUGAGAUGAUGGGAGGUUUUUACAGCACAGCAGCAGCAAACAACCAAAGUGACACAAAAAUGAAUCAGGCCAGUGUAGCGUGGACUCAUUUCUGCCUUACCGCAUCCACGUUCGUGUUUGAGGACACAGUUUCCCUUCUGCUCUCAUUUGUGUUUUCAGACCCCAGUGGUAAUCUCCCUGACUUUAGUAGGGCAGUAUCUGACUUAGUCCAGUGGGAGGGAGCUGAAGUUAGUUUUGCACGUACCUGGAGAGCCGAGCUACAGGGGUUGGGCAGCUGGUUCUUACUGACACAGAGGCCAGUAGUGCGAGGGUAUGUUUGAUUAAAUAGGAUGGCCUUAAGGUGAGCAUAAAUAUUCAGCAUUCAUUCACCCUUCUGUCCUACUUUGUUGUGUGUAUUUCUGUUUGUUGUUACACGUGCUUAUUUCCAGGAUUCUGCAAAAAUUACUACAUUCAAGCCUUGACUUAAAUGAAGAAGUGUGUGCAAUUUCAGAUUUUUUUACUGUAUCAAAAAUACGUAUGUAUUCAUGUAAAGCUUGGGGAGUUUGUGGGGGUUUCAUAAAAUCAGGUUUUAUAUUCAGAAUUUCCUAUUUUUGUAUUUAUUUAUUCAAAUAAAUUAUGGUUUAGAUCUAA